CCAACCCCCGAAUCCACAACCACCACAACCACAACUCCAACCCCCAAAUCCACGACCACCACAACCACAACUACUACAACUACAACUAAACGUCCUACUCCACAUCCAGGCUGCCCGGAAUGGAAUAAAAAACAAAAUGAAACAUUCGAGAUAUGCAACUGCACAAUUGCUAGAUGCAUUGAGAACAACACAAUUGAGAUAAUCCCCUACGAAUGCCCACCUCUUCAGAACCUCACCUGUGCUAAUGGAAGACCCCCAGUCUUGGUGUUGGAUAGCACUGGGUGCUGCAAGCAGUAUGUGUGUGAAUGCUACUGUAUUGGCUUUGGAGACCCCCAUUACGUCACCUUCGAUGGGCUCUAUUACAGCUUCCAGGGCAACUGCACUUAUGUGUUGGUGGAAGAGAUCAAACCCAUAUAUAAUAAAUUUGGGAUUUACAUCGAUAAUGUGUACUGCGAUCCCCGAGAGGAAGUGUCCUGUCCUCGCGCCAUCACAGUCUCUUUUGGUGGAAAGAAGAUCACCCUGAAGGAUAAAGACGACACAUUGAGAGUGAGCCUGCAGGUCAGUCCUCGCUGGUUUUACUCAUCCUCAGUUUCUCUAUUUGGGUCUUUCAUGUUGAUUACACAUCUUUAACUUUGAUCAUCUUCAUACAGAAUUUCAUGAGGAGCCACCUCAGGACAUAACUGCCACAGCAGAACUUUUAAGAACGUUAGGAGGGAAGCUCAUUCCGCUCAUCGGAUUUUGUUGUUUCCCAGUAUAGUGAAUGUCACAUGGUAGUAGUUCCAUGUAGGGAGCUGCGUCAGCAAAGAAGGCUUCACAGCCGAAACAUUGUUUCUUUUCUUCUCUUUUCAGCAGGAAUAAACCUUUACUUGUUCCUUUGCAGCCUACACAUGCUGACACAGCUACCCACCUGAAUUUCUUUAGCAUAAUGUUACUGUAGCUUCCUGGAUAUUAUUUCCACUUAUUUCCACUUGAGAUAAUCUCAAGCAGCAUUUCAUUUGAUAGUGGGUAAACAAAAUGGACACACCCUGAAUAUCGUGCACAGAACACAACACAACAACCGGCCCCCCCGCUACCAAGUGUGCAAACAGCACACUGUAUCUCGCUGCCUUCUCUGCAAGUUUACAAAUACACUGAUCAUCUGUAUUAAAUUUCUGAAAAACUACUCCUGUCAUCCGACAUUUUUUAGAUUGAUCAUAGAACUGACAAAGACCUCUGAAAUGACACUGUUUUUAAACUUUCCAAAAAAGGCCCAGGGCUCGACAGCAGUCAUGCAGUGACUAAUGUAUACUAAUGUUUGUUUUCCGCCUGUCUGUUUCUGUGUGAAGAUGCUGGUAGAUGGCA